ACAUGAACCCCGCCAGCCCAGAGUGCCAGUAUGCCCUGCGCCACGGUGAUGGCCUCGACGUUUUGGUGAACCUCUUGGAUACCGAGGAUGUCAAGUGCCGCAUUGGUGCCCUUGAGAUCUUGAAGGAUGCCUCGCGCGACUACUUUGUGAAGCGCGACGUGGCCAACAUGAACGGGGUGCGCCCGCUUGUGCAACUUCUGGAUGACGAAAAUGACGAGAUCAAAGUCAAUGCAGCCUUGACCUUGGCCAACUGCGCCGAAAACCCUCGCAAUCGCCGCAUGGUGCGCUUCUACGGCGGUAUUGGUCGCGGAGUUGCUCUGCUGCGCCAGGGCUUGGAACAAGACAAGCACGAUGUUGCGCGCGCCGGCGCGCAAAUGCUGUGGAUGUGCUCCAAGUCGAGCAAGAACAAAGAACACAUUCUGAGUGCAGGCGCCGUUGAUCUAUUGGCGCAACUGCUUCAAUCGGACAACGUGGAGCUGCUCGUUCCCGUUGUUGGUGUGCUGCAGGAAUGUGCCAGCCAUCCCACCUAUCGCAACCUCAUUCGCAAGUACCGCCUUAUCCCCUUCCUGGUGGAGAAUCUACGCAAACAGAAUGGCAGUCUGCAGGCGCACAGUGCCAUGACCAUUUUCAAGUGUGCAGAGGACGCUGCCACUCAAGCGCUGGUGCGCGAGUGCGAUGGCCUCGCCCCGUUGGUGGCCCUGUUGCAGGGUAGCUCCGACCAGCACUUGCUGGAGGGUGCGUCGGGCGCCAUCUGGAAAUGCGCGGCCGAUCCACAAAAUGUCAAGCGCUUCUCCGAGCUCAAGGCGGUGGAUGCUUUGGUGGGCCUUCUCAAGAACGGCGAUGAGGUGGUCCUUACCAAUGUGGCAGGGGCGCUGGCGGCACUGGCCGUCAACCCUGACUCGUGCAAAAGUAUCCGCACCACGGGCGGCAUUGAGCCCUUGGUCAAAUUACUGACCAGCACCAACUACGAGCUGUUAAUUAAUGCCACGCGCGCUGUGGGCGCGGCUGCUGCCUCCAAGGAAAACAUGGACGUUAUUGACAAGCUGGAUGGCGUGCGCCUUCUCUGGUCACUGCUCAAGUCAGAGAACAUUAAUGUUGUUGCAUCGGCGGCUUGGGCCAUUGGUCCGUGCAUUGAAAAUGCUCGGGAUGCCGGAGCGCUCGUUCGCUCCUUUGUCGGCGGUGUUGAGCUGGUCGUUGGUCUGCUCAAGUCAGAGCACCUUGAAGUCGUUGCUGCGGUCUGUGCAGCCGUUGCACAGAUUGCCAAGGAUGAGGAGAACUUGGCCGUCAUUACGGAUCACGCGGUUGUGCCGCUUCUCUGCGAUUUGGUGGACACCAAGGAAGAUCUGCUCCGCGAGCACCUGGCAGCAGCCAUUGCCAACUGCUGCAGCUUUGGAAACAACCGCAUCAGUUUUGGCGAGUACGGCGCCGUGGCCCCCUUGGCCAAGUUUCUACGAUCCAAGAAUGAUGGUGUGCGUGGCCAAACGGCACGCGCUUUGCAUGAGCUCAGCAAGGAUGC